UAAUUGCUUCACUACAUAGAAAUUAGGUAACCACUUUUGUGGGCCUUUGCGCUUCUUAGGCUGGCAGUCCAAAUUACCUUUUAGGAGCUUUCUAAUGAUGUAGAUUGAACUGGGACUUGUGCCUUCUGGAAUUAGGAGAGGUUCCUCUGUACACGAUAUUAAAAUCACCUUCUCGGAACUAUCGUAAAUAUCGACUUGCUCCAUGUGGAUCAACUUUUCGGUUAUGGUUUCCAGCCGUUUUUCAUUAUGGAGCACAACACACAUUCUGUGCAUAUCGAUUUUGAAUAAUAUCAUGUUUCCAUAAGAAAAGCAGUUUCACACAGAUCUAACCGGUUAAUGUGUAGGCUGCAUCGUUUUAGACCUCAAUUUGAUCUAAGCAGUUAUCGAUUACUAGAACUAACCGAGUGCGGAAUGCAGGCGGUAAUUGGUAAAAUAAAAAGAUCUACCUUCACAAUGUAGCCGUAAAAAUUACCCAAAGUAGACACUCGCAUGACCGGUCACGCAUCAGUUGCGUCAAAAAUUUUUAAUAAAGUAACAGUACAUAUUUUGUGUAUCAGUGUAGUGACAAAAUCAUCUCAACGUAAACGUUUAAUCCUUUUUUACCACGAAGAAUAAUUAACUCAAAUAACUGACCUAGCUUCGACUGGCCUACAUUCGAUCUCGGCGCGAAGAAGAUGACCAGAUCUUCCAAGUACCGUUUCGCGUGUCAUUAAAGCAACAUCUCCUAAAUAUGUAAUCGCGUCUAAUAUUUUUUAGUAUAAUGCGCAGGUAUAAGCGUAGAUGUCUAUUGUUUAUUAACGUGGCGAUUGUGCUGAUCCCGCUCGUAAAUUGUGCCCCCAUGUUGAGCAGUUUCGAUAUUUGGGAUGACAAGAAUGGUACCGAAUACGAGUCGUUUUUCGACAAUGUCAUUAUCCCGAUAGUUCCCUUCGAGCAUCUACCCAGAGUUCUCAAUUUCUUCCCCGUGCCCUUCGAGGAGGAGUGUCUAUCGACUGAUCGACGAAGAAAAGGUGUCUGCUCGAACGCCUACGAGUGCAAGUUUCAGGGUGGAACUUCGCAUGGAAAAUGUGCCCUCGGAUUUGGGGUGUGUUGCAUUUUUACCACAACCUGCAACAGUGAGGUCUUCAAUAACCUAACGUACUUCGUCAACCCCCAUUUUCCGGAUCUAUCGACAGGAAUGACAUCGUGCAGCACAACCAUCAAAAAGAUCGAUCCGGAAAUUGCACAAUACCGACUCGACUUCAUUCACUUCAAUCUGGGACAGCCCAAUCGAAGCACCGGGGUGUGUGACGACGACGUUUUCAUUCUUUCUGGCGGGGUUUCCAAAGACCUCCGGAUUUGUGGCAUAAACAGUGGCCAACAUGUGUACUACGACGUGGAAAAUAUCAACGAAACGGUAACGAUAACGAUGAUGUUGGGGAACAAGGUACUGUCACGACUGUGGGAGGUGCGGGUGACGCAAAUUCCCUUUACUGAACGCGCGCCUUCGGGAUGUCUGCAGUACCACUUGGGUACCACCGGUAUAAUCCAAACCAUGAACUUCGCCGAUAACGGGCGACACCUGGCCGAUCAAGAUUACAAUAUCUGCAUGAGACAGGAGCUGGGAAUGUGCGCAAUCGCCUACGAGCCUUGUCACGAAAACUCUUUUAAAAUCGGCACCAACUCGAACAACGCUACUACGACGAACGACGAUGCCGAUGUCGGUUCCGGAGACGGAACUGCCCGAAUGGACGGUUCAUGCAACGAUCGCAUUACGAUGCCGUGCGAUUCAGAGGACCUGUUAAUGGAGGGCGACAUAGCGCCCGGUUUCUGUAAUUUGGGGUUCUGCGGCAGCUCGUUUUGUCCGAAUGGAGAGAAAACCUGCCGAAUCGAGAGUACAGUGACGCCGUUUACUGUAGGCGUCCAAUUCGGAUCGACCGCGCGGCAGGAGUCGCCCGAUGAGAAUUUAGGCAUGUGCCUCAAAUACGAACAGCUGGCCUGUGCGUUAUAAAACUAGUCAUGCGAUGCG